AUGACUGUGGAUAAUAAAUCUGCCUCUGAGAGGUAUCAGAAGAUCACUCAGUUAGAGCAUAUUCUAAAGAGACCUGAUACCUAUAUUGGAUCGGUGGAAGUACAAGAAUCACAUCAAUGGAUCUAUGAUGAGGAAAGUGAUUCUAUGGUAGAGAAGGAAGUUAGUAUCGUGCCUGGUCUUUUCAAAAUUUUUGACGAAAUUUUAGUUAAUGCUGCUGAUAAUAAAGUGCGUGAUCCAUCAAUGAAAAAAAUUGAAGUUAAUAUUGAUUCUGAAGCUAAUUCGAUAGAUGUUAAAAAUGAUGGUAAAGGUAUACCCAUUGAAAUUCAUAAUAAAGAAAACAUUUAUAUUCCCGAAUUAAUUUUUGGUCAUCUUUUAACUUCUUCUAAUUAUGAUGAUGAUGAAAAGAAAGUUACUGGUGGUAGAAACGGGUUUGGUGCUAAACUUUGUAAUAUAUUUUCUGUGGAAUUUAUUGUAGAAACAGCUGAUCCUGGAAGUGGUAAUAAAUACGUUCAGAGAUGGGAAAAUAAUAUGGGGGUCUGUCAUCCUCCCAAGAUAACGUCUUAUAAAAAAGGUCCCUCAUAUACCAAGAUUAGUUUUAAACCUGAUCUGAAAAGGUUCAAUAUGGAAACCCUAGAUAAUGAUACCUUGGGUGUUAUGCGCCGUCGUGUGUAUGAUGUUAACGGUUCCGUUCGUGAUAUCAACGUUUAUUUGAAUGGUAAAUCGCUGAAGAUUAAAACUUUCAAGAACUACGUGGAACUUUAUACUAAAUCUUUAGAGAGGAAACGAAUUGCUGAAGGAUUGGCUCCUGAAGGCAGUGAUGGUAAAAGUCCGCCAAUUCUUUAUGAAAGGGUUAAUGAUUGCUGGGAAAUUGCACUGGCAACCUCAGAUAUGUCAUUUCAACAGAUUUCUUUUGUCAAUUCCAUUGCAACGACUACAGGUGGUACACACGUCAACUAUAUAAGUGAUCAAAUUGUAAGGAAAAUUACAGAAAUGUUAAGGAAGCAAAAAAAAACUGUCAAGGCUCACCAGGUAAAGAACUUGAUGUUUUUGUUCAUUAACUGUUUGGUUGAAAAUCCGGCAUUCUCGUCACAAACCAAGGAACAAUUAACCACCAGAGUCAAAGAUUUUGGAUCUCAAUGUGAAAUAAGUCCUGAGUUUAUCAAAAAGAUAAUGAAGUCUGGAUUAGAGGCUAAGAUUCUGGACUUAGCUACAGAAAAUGCACAUGCCACUUUGAAAAAGUCAGAUGGUACACGUAAAAAUAGAAUUACUGAUUACCCUAAGCUAGAAGAUGCUAAUAAGGCAGGUACUAGAGAAGGUCAUAAGUGUACGUUGGUUUUAACAGAAGGUGACUCUGCCUUGUCUUUGGCAGUAGCAGGUUUAGCUGUGGUUGGUAGAGAUUAUUACGGUUGUUAUCCUCUGCGCGGUAAAAUGCUUAAUGUCAGAGAGGCUACUGUGGACCAAAUCCAAAAGAAUGCCGAAAUUCAAGCAAUUAAAAAGAUUAUGGGGUUACAGCAUCGGAAAAGAUAUGAGGAUACUAAAACGUUGAGAUAUGGUCAUUUAAUGAUUAUGACUGAUCAAGAUCAUGAUGGAUCUCAUAUUAAAGGUUUGAUUAUAAAUUUCCUCGACAGCUCAUUUCCUGGUCUUCUUAACAUCCCGGGGUUUUUGGUGGAAUUCAUUACUCCAAUUGUUAAAGUGACAAUCACAAAGCCAAGACGUGAAGUUAUCUCUUUCUACAACAUGCCUGAUUAUGAGAAAUGGAGAGAUGAAGAAUCUCAUAGAUAUAAAUGGAAACAAAAGUAUUACAAGGGUUUGGGUACUUCGUCAGGCCAAGAAGCUCGUCAAUACUUCUCUGAUCUAGAUAGACAUUUGAAAAGAUUUCACGCAUUACAAGAAGGUGAACAAGAUUUGAUCGAUCUUGCGUUUUCCAAGAAAAAGGCAGAUGAUCGUAAGGAAUGGUUAAGGCAAUAUGAACCGGGGACAGUGCUAGAUCCUAGGCUGACAGAAAUUCCUAUUAGUGAUUUUAUCAACAAAGAAUUGAUUCUUUUUUCUCUAGCAGAUAACAUUAGGUCUAUACCCAACGUUCUGGAUGGCUUUAAACCUGGUCAGAGGAAAGUUAUUUAUGGGUCUUUCAAAAGAAAUAUCACAUCAGAAAUUAAAAUCUCAACACUGGCGAACUAUGUCGCAGAACAGACCGAUUAUCAUCAUGGACCUGAUUCGCUAGCGCAAACUAUCAUUGGUCUGGCACAAAGUUUUGUGGGCUCUAAUAACAUUUAUGUGCUAAAUCCGAUUGGUUCCUUUGGUACUAGGGCUACAGGUGGUAAAGACGCCGCCGCUCCAAGAUAUAUCAGCACGGAAUUAACAAAGAUUACCAGAAAGAUAUUCCAUCCCUUCGAUGACCCAUUGUACAAUUACCUACAAGAAGAUGAAAAUACGGUAGAGCCUGAAUGGUAUCUUCCAAUUUUACCCAUGUUAUUGAUUAACGGUGGUGAGGGUAUAGGUACAGGUUGGAGCACUAAUAUACCACCCUUUAAUCCUCUUGACAUUGUUAGAAAUUUGCGUCAUUUGAUGAAUGGUGAGGAAUUGGAAGAGAUGCAUCCUUGGUUCAGAGGUUGGACUGGUACGAUCGAAAAGAUUGGUCCUCAGCGUUACAGAGUUUAUGGUAGAAUUGAGCAGACAGGACCAUGUGCUCUUGAAAUCACAGAAUUGCCUGCUAGGAUGUGGACUUCAACUUUGAAAGAGCACCUGUUAUUGGGUCUUGGUGGUAACGACAAGAUGAAACCUUGGAUUAAGGAUUUGGAAGAACAACACGGUAACGGUAUUAGAUUCGUAGUAAGACUUACUCAAGAAGAAAUGGAUAAGACACGAGUAAUGGGUUUUUAUGAGAGGUUCAAGUUGAUCUCUACAAUUAGUCUGAACAAUAUGGUGGCAUUUGAUCCUCAUGGUAAGAUUAAGAAGUAUGAAAAUGUGUCUGAAAUUUUAACAGAAUUCUAUUAUGUCAGAUUGGAAUAUUAUCAAAAGAGAAAGGAUUACAUGAGUGAAAGAUUACAGUGGGAAGUGGAAAAGUUGUCUUUUCAAAUUAAAUUCAUUAAAUUGAUUAUAGAAGGUGAAAUGUCAAUCACUAACAGACCUCGCAAGCAGAUCAUUGCGGAUUUGGAGGAGAAAGGUUUCCCUAGAUUUAACAAAGAAGGUAAACCAUCUUACAUGAAGAUUAGUGAGAAAGAUACGGAAGAGGAAGAGGGAGAAAAAGGAGAAGAUGAAGAAGAAGUUGAAGGUGUGAUUAAUGGUCCGGAGGAAGUGUACGGGUCCUUUGAGUAUUUGUUAGGUAUGAAGAUUUGGGCAUUGACCAGAGAAAGGUAUGAGAAAUUACUCAAGCAAAAGCAAGAUAGACAGGUGGAAUUAGAAACUUUACUUCAAUACUCUGCAAAAGAUCUGUGGUCUAUGGACUUGGACGAGUUUGUUACUGCUUACGAUAAAUUCAUGGCUGAAGAUGAGGAAGCACGUAACGGUGAGAUCCCGGGAGCCGCCACCAAAGGCAAGGGGAAAAGGAAGAGAAAGGCUGAUCAAGAUGACAAUGAAUACAAUCCAGGUAGUAAGAAGGCCAAGACUACAAAGAAGACACCAAAAAAAGUGAAAGAAGAGGAAACUGAGAAUUUUGAAAGGUUCUUGCUUGAACCUAAGGCUAUAGCUGCUCCUAAAACGAAACGUCCCUCGAAGGUUAAAAGCGAAUCAGAAGCACCUCUGCCGCCAAGUUCUGAGGAGUCUGACUCCAAAAAAUCCAACUCACCUCCCGCAACCGUCAAGACAGAACCUAAGGAAGAAGAACCAGAAGGAAUCAGUGCUUUUUCCAGUAAAUUUAAGAAACUAUCUGCUGCAUUUGAUUCACCUAAUGAUGCCAAACCAAAUGGUAGAGCCAAAUCUCCAAGCGUCAUCAAGACUGAAGAUAAUGAUGAUAAAAAACCUGAGCCUAAGUCAACAGUAAAAUCCACUGCUGCUAGGACUAAGCGUAAGUCUCCGCCAGCGAAACAAGAGUCGGAAUCCUCUGCCAGUGAUGUAGAUGAAGAUGAUGAACCAGUUGCAGUACCUCAGAGAUCCAUGAGGAAUAGGCCUUCGAGAGCCGCCGCUGCCUCUAAGAAGUCGUACCAGGAAGUCAUUGAUCUUUCAGAUGACAGCUUUGACGAUAACGAAGAGCAGGCCCCGGAGGAAAAUGCUGAUGGUGAUGAAGUUGAAGAUGAUGGCGCCAGUGAAGAGGAUCAAUCAUAUAACGAAGAUGAUGAUGACGAGUAG